AUGGCCUCAGACAUAAGAGAUAACCAGGAGACUGUCUCCGGAAGCGACCACCUUAUCUCCCAGGUAGAGCAUACCCUGAGGCUUUCAAGGGACCAUGCUCUUGAUUCGGUACGUUCUGAUGGGCAUUGGUGCGGGGAGCUCAAAUCGAACGUCACGGUCACGGCCGAGUAUAUCUUUCUUCGACAAGCUCUGGGACUAGAUCUGGAAGCCGACCGCGCAGCCUAUUGUCGCUAUAUACUAUCAGAACAGAACUGCGAUGGCUCCUGGGGCCUGGCGCCCGGAUAUCCAGGCGAUGUAUCGACUACGACCGAAGCCUACUUGGCACUCAAGAUACUGGGGACGAGCACCGAUACUCCAGCCAUGCAGCGAGCCCAAGUAUUCACCCUCAUUGCAGGCGGAGUGGCGAGGGUUCGUGUGUUUACUCGCAUUUUCCUGGCAACCUUUGGCUUAUUCCCAUGGGAUGCAGUACCCCAACUACCCGUGGAGCUCAUUCUUCUUCCUUCCAGCUGUCCAAUCAACAUCUACACUUUGGCAUCCUGGGCCCGUGGUACGAUUGCCCCAUUGCUAAUCAUCUGCCAUCAUCGGCCUGUUUACGCGCUACCGGACGAUUAUCUGGAUGAGUUAUGGCAGAACCCCACGAAUAAGAAUGUGCCGUACGGCUCAUCGUUCUGGGAGUUGCUGUCCGAGAGAGACAUUCCCGGGCUUGCAUUUACUGUCGUGGACAAGUUGCUUUAUCAACUGGGUGGGCUUCGCUCCAUCCCUCUGCUGCGAUCAUAUGCCCGACGACAAUGCAUGAAGUGGAUCCUUGAGCGCCAGGAACCAACCGGUGACUGGGCUGGGAUUUUCCCGCCCAUGCAUGCCAGCGUGUAUGCAUUCAUGCUUGAGGGAUACAAGUUGAACGACCUUCCAGUCCGUCUUGGGAUUCAAGCCAUAGAAAAAUUUGCUUGGGAGGAUGAAAAGGGCAAAAGGAUCCAACCCUGUGUUUCUCCCGUGUGGGACACGGCUUUGAUGUCCAUUGGGCUCUGCGAUGCCAUGUCACACGACCAGCAGACCCUCGAUCACGCUAUCACAUGGAUCCGGAAUCGCCAAUUGCUUGAAGCUCGCGGGGAUUGGCGCGUAUACCGGCCCCAGCUAGCUCCUGGUGGCUUCAGCUUCGAGUACGAGAACAGUCACUAUCCCGAUGUGGACGACACGGCCGCAAUUAUUCUUGCCCAGGUAAAGCAUGAUGCUCGGUCCGUUGCUUCGGACUCUGUGAUUGCAGCGGCUACAUGGAUUCUAGGCAUGCAGAAUCCUGAUGGAGGAUGGGCCGCAUUUGACGUGGAGAACGAUAAGCUGUUCCUCAACAAGAUCCCCUUCAGCGACAUGGACAGCCUGUGUGACACAUCUUGUGCGGAUAUUACUGGACGCAUCCUGGAAGCCUUCGGCCUGAUGAUGACUCAUGAUUCUGAAAAAAACGGCCUUUCUCCAAUGCUGCGUGUAGCCUGCACCCGCGGGGUGACUUACCUUGCCUCCACGCAAGAGGAUACCGGAGCAUGGCUCGGACGAUGGGGAUGCAACUACGUCUACGGAACAUCUCAUGCGCUGUGUGGCCUAUCGUACUUCGUCGGAUAUGAUGAGCGAGUCACCGGGUUGGUGAGCCCGGCUCUGCAAUGGAUGAAGUCAAAGCAGAAUGCUGACGGUGGCUGGGGCGAAUCCUUGCUGUCUUACCGAUCACCCGAUGAACAGCAGCAUCAGCAAGAGUCAACAGCGUCACAGACUGCAUGGGCGUUGAUGGGGCUAUUGGCCCACCUGUCCGUCACGGACGCUGCUAUUGAGCAUUACCUCCGUCGGCUUUGUCAUGACUUCACGUUUCGAUUUGAUGAUGUGUUGGAUGCUGCGAAGUUGGAGGGGGCGUUGGCGCGGUUGAUGGAGAUAGGGGAUUGGGGACAGAUGGGCGCGAGGUUGAGGUUAAAUGAUGAUGGACGUCUUGAGUAUCAUGUUCCUGCGGAAUAUACCAAAACGCGACCCGCGUUCAACUUCACCACGACGGAGUAUGGGUUACGGAUUGGUGAGCAUCCGCUGGGCUCGCAGUUACCAAAGUCAGGACAGGAUCAGUCGGUUCUGUCGCCUUCGCCUGCUGUUUUUGCGCCUUUGGUUCGACAUCCGGAUAGUCCGAGGGAAUUGGCGGAUUGGAUAUACUCGGAUCGGCCUCAAUUGCAUAUUCAUGUUGCGGUGUUUCGGGAUGCCACGCUGGUUACGAUUAGUUAUGUGCAUACGUUGUUUGAUGCGAUAGCACGGACAACCGGUUUUGGGGGCAGGGAGGAUGAGGUACCGGCAUUUAUUCCGUUCGAGCAUGAUCCGCUGCGGACGUUGGGGUUGGAUGCGCCUGUCAAGGGGUAUAGUAAUUUUGGACGGGUGGUUCGCGGGGUUGGUCUGGUGGUUUUUGGACUGAGGUAUUUGUUCGAGCUGUUUUGGUUCCGGGAAGAGGAGGAGCAUCCAAUUCGUUUACCAGGGCGAUGCGUGGACAGGUUGAGGGAAACGGCGCGGAAGGACCUCGCUGCUGCGACUCCGAAAGGCAAGGAGGUGCCCUUUGUGAGUGAGGGUGAUGUCGUAGUGGCCUGGUGGGUGAGGACAAUGGUCACGGCCUUGAACCCCGGCCUGGAUCGGACCAUCAUGGUGAUGAACGUUUUUAAUGUAUGGGCGCUGUUUGACGAGUGGUUCCCAACUGGUGGGGCGGGAUUUAUCGGGAAUGCCUUCUUCUAUUCCUACACGUUGUUGGUCGCAGGCCAGGCUCUCCAGGAUACCAAGCUCGGGCAUGUGGCAUCCAGGAACCGUCAGGCGCUCAUGGAGCAUCGAAACAGGGAGCAGGUUCAAGCCAUGACUGCCAUUCAGAGGGCAUCGUUCACAAGAACGCCGCCGGUUGUUGGAGAUGCAAAUCUGCUCUUCAUGGCAUGCACCAACCAACAUAAAGCCCGAUACUUUGAGUUGGACUUUUCAGCGGCUGUUGUCUCCCCUGGUGUGCCGUUGAGUGAAAGGCCGCAUGCCCUGGGUAGACCGUCCUAUAUCAACGAUAUUGAGCAUUGUCGGUCGUAUCCGACUCGUAAUGUGGUCAGGAUAAUUGGGAAGGAUGCGGCGGGAGAUUAUUGGCUCUUGUUCAAGACUCGAGCUGGGGUGUGGCCCGCGAUUCAUCGACAGUUGAUGGCUUUGCUUGAGAUGGACAAGUGA